CUGUUAUCUCUGUCAUUAGCGUCUAUUCACACACACCUUUCUUUCUAGUCUAGUUAAACACUCGCGCGCAGGAGCUUUUCCCGUGCUUUCCAACAUCUUUUCAUCUGCCAGAGUAAAAGGAGCGCAAUGAAUGGUUACCACUGGGGAUAUGAUGACGUCAAUGGUCCAGCUGUGUGGCACAAAGCCUAUCCCAUUGCCCAGGGGAACCGACAAUCACCUAUUGAUAUUGUUCCGGGCAGUGCAGUUUAUGAUGCUACACUGUCACCUAUCUCAUUGUUUUACGAAAACUGCACUUCAAUCAACAUUUCAAACAAUGGCCAUUCUUUGGUAGUGGAGUUUAUUGACGUAGAUGACAGAUCAGUAAUCCAGGGAGGUCCUCUUGACAACAUGUACCGACUUAAACAAUUUCAUUUCCACUGGGGUAGCAAGGAUUGCGCUGGCUCUGAGCAUACAGUUAGUGGGAAAAUCUAUCCUUCAGAGCUCCAUCUGGUUCACUGGAAUGCGGUGAAGUACAAAACUUUUGGUGAGGCUGCCCAAGCGCCUGAUGGUCUGGCUGUACUUGGUAUCUUUCUGGAUAUAGGUGCUGAGCACAACGGUCUUCAUCAAAUAACAGAUGCUAUGUACAUGAUAAAAUUCAAGGAAACUGUUGCUGAUUUUAAGGGCUUUAACCCAAAGUGUCUCCUGCCUCUCAGAUUGGAUUAUUGGACAUACCCAGGGUCUCUAACCACUCCUCCAUUACUUGAGAGCGUCACAUGGAUUGUUCUGAAAGAUCCUAUUUUUGUGUCAGAGAAACAGAUGGGAAAGUUCCGGACACUGUGUUUCAAUGGCGAGGAUGAGGAGAAUCGAAAGCGCAUGGAGAACAACUUUCGGCCACCACAGCCACUUAAAGGCAGGACAGUAAGGGCCUCCUUUAAGUAAGCCCCAAUCCACUAUUUUCAGAAACUGUUCUAAAGUCAGCUCUGAGAGAUUGAUAUCAAACUAUAUACUGUUCCUCCUUGAAUGUGCAUAUCAAACAUCAAGUAUGCUUUUGAAAUAUCAGGUAUGUGCAGAAACAUCAAGUAACACUAUGAGUUGUAUCAACAACCUUGUGCUUGAUUUAAAAAGACAUUUCAAACUUAUGACAACACUUGGGAAGACAUCCAUGACAUCUUUUGUAAAUGUUGUUUUUAUACCAUUUUCUCUUCCACAUCUAUAUAUGUUGUAUGUAUUCUUAUGUAGUUGCAUGAAUAAUAGCAGUAUGGUUAUGUAAUGUUAUGGGAACUCUUUGUCCAGUGCUUAUACCCUACGUUUUGGGUGAUGACCUCAAGCAUGCAGUUUGACUUUGACACUGAGCUCUUUGAAUCCAAUCUGCUACAUGUUUAAAUCCUACCUUGAUCGGGCUUGUGCAACAGAUACUUGUUGCUGUGAUAUUUGUGCUUCCAAAGGGUCCAGACUAUAAUUUGGUCAAAUUAGUUGACUGCUGUCUGGAUUCUCGCAGCUGUAGGAAAGUGUCAGAAAUCCAGCAGCCUGAAAUGUAACCUGUUAAUCUCAAGGCUUUUGAUAACUUCUUUGAUAGGGUAUCAUUUUAGCUGUUCAAAAACAGAUGGCUUUUCUUGAAACAAAGCCUUGACAAUUGCAUAAUGACAUCAUAUAAAAACUUGUAGGACUACACUGUGAUGUAUCAAUGAUAUGAAUAGAUGGCAUUACUGUUAUCUUCCCUGACAGCUGCAUGUUGGUUUUGUUGGACUAAAUCCAUGACUAAACUCACGUUAAUGACUAAAGAAAUGCUCCAUAUGUUUUCAGCGAAGCCUUACAAAACUACAUAAGCUACACAAAGCUAAUAAGAGGAUAUUGUGUGAAGGUUGAAAAGAUUCAUGGAUUACACUUCACAUUUUAAGUAAUUGUAUAAAAUAGUGACUCUGGCUUGCAUUAAGAGUGUAAGGAAACUCUGGUUCUUCAUUUA